CAAAGAAAACGCGUGUAUAAAAAAAAAUACCAUUUGCAGAAGCAGAGAAUCAAAAACAAAAAAAUGGCGAGCGCUGCUGCUGGUGGAGGAGGAGGAGGAGGGAAAGUGUCCUUCAAAGUGACGCUUACUUCCGAUCCGAAGCUUCCUUUUAAAGUAUUUAACGUACCAGAAGCUGCCCCAUUUACUGCUGUUUUGAAAUUCGCAGCUGAAGAAUUCAAAGUCCCUCCUCAAACCAGCGCUAUCAUCACCAAUGAUGGAGUUGGGAUCAAUCCGCAACAAAGUGCAGGCAAUGUUUUCCUUAAACAUGGUUCUGAACUACGCUUGAUCCCUCGAGAUAGAGUUGGAACGACCGAGUAAAGCAAGCUGGAAAAACAAGUUAAUGUUUCUGGUCCGUCUAGAUAUGUCUUCUGCUGUACUUGUAUAAACUGGGAGGGCUGCAAGAAUGUGCUCUUGAUACAUUACACUGUUGUACCUGAUGCCAUAAAUUUUUCUGAAAUUCUUGAGAGUCGCUUCAGCUACAAUUGGUAGCCAGUUAUCAACUUAUCAUAUAAAGAAAUUUUAGGUUUCA